GCCCUGGGCUCCGUGACGUCUGUGCUGGGGGCGUGCCGGAGGAUGCUGCUGCCGCAGUUCUUGCAGCCCCCGUCAUUCGAGGAGCGGCUCCGGCGCUCCCUGUCCCAGCUGCGGUGCGAGUUCUCCCUCGAGGUCGUCCGGGGCGAGGGCGGCGUGCAGCGCGUGGGGCUGCAGGUGCAGGACGCGGGGCCCGGCGGGCUGGAGGUGACCGAGGUGACCUCCGACGGCCUCGUGGGCGCGCGCAACGCGGCGGUCGAAAGGUCUGGCGAGCGCCUCCCCGUGGUGCGCCCCGGGGACAGGCUGCUGUCCGUCAACGGGGCCAGGGCCGUGGGCCACAUGGUGGAGGUGCUGACGGACUCCUCCGUCACCAGGCUGGCGAUGACCUUCGGGCGACCAGCCGCGCAGUCGGCGCCCGGGGUCUGGGAGGCGGACAUGGAGCGGCUUCCGGACGAGGGGUGGGGCCUGCAGCUGCAGGAGUGCGGCUCCGGCUCCUCGAGCCGCGGCGCCCCCGCGCUGCGCGUGGACGGCGUGACGGAGGGCCUCGCGGUGGCCCGGUGGAAUGCGGGCCGCGGCGCCAGGUGGGCCGUGGAGCCGGGCGACCUCGUCGUGGCCUGUGAGCCCGAGGUGGGCGCCGCUGGCGUCGCCGCCAUGCUGCGCGACCGGCAGCGCGUGAGACUCAUGCUGCUGCGCUGGCACGCUGGCCCGGCGCCAGAGGCCCCGCCCGCUGGCGGCCGCGGCCCUGCGCCGCUGAGUUUCGAGGUCACCCUGGAGCGCUCCCAGGAGACCGACGCGCUCGGCCUGAUUCUGGACCCGUCGUCGCGAGACCCGACCCGCACCGUCGUGAAGGAGGUGCUGCCGGGCAAGCUGGUGGACCGGCACAACCGCCGCGCGGAGGCGACCUUCCAGCUGUGCGUGAGCCCUGGCGACGAGGUGGAGUCCGUCAACGGGGAGAGAGCCCCAGACAGGUUCGCGGAGCGCUGCAAGGCGCAGCGGAUCACUCUCUGCCUGGUACGGCGAGGCGCCGAGGCCGCCCGCGCGGGCCCGGCGGCGUGA